UGUGCUGCGUGCUUUUCUGGUCCGCUCUUGUCUGUCGCUCGCGCUUCCCGCUAUGCCCGAGCCGGCAAAAUCCGCUCCCGCGCCCAAGAAGGGCUCCAAGAAAGCGGUCACCAAAGCCCAGAAGAAGGACGGCAAGAAGCGCAAGCGCAGCCGCAAGGAGAGCUACUCCAUCUACGUGUACAAGGUGCUCAAGCAGGUGCACCCCGACACCGGCAUCUCGUCCAAGGCCAUGGGCAUCAUGAACUCCUUCGUCAACGACAUCUUCGAGCGCAUCGCCGGCGAGGCCUCCCGCCUGGCGCAUUACAACAAGCGCUCGACCAUCACGUCCCGGGAGAUCCAGACGGCCGUGCGCCUGCUGCUGCCCGGCGAGCUGGCCAAGCACGCCGUGUCCGAGGGCACCAAGGCGGUCACCAAGUACACCAGCUCCAAGUGAGUCCCUGCCGGGACACGGCGCUCGAGCACGGGUCGCCGGCCGCUUGACUCCAAAGGCUCUUUUCAGAGCCACCCACC